AUGGACGACGACAAUCACGAACUCGCGUCCUUACGCGCUAAUGCAGACAAUCUCGGCCGAUGUCUACAUGCACUUCUCGAGCGCAUCGAACACCUCGAACACAAAACGGACGCGAAAUCGCCACGCCCGCAAGCUGUUGUUGUCACCGACUCGAAUGGCAAUGAUGACGAUCGCACGAAAAAGGACGAACAGGUGGAGAUCAGCGAUUCGGUGAGCACGGACCCGAAAACUGGGCUGAAGAAGCGGACCAUUGUGACUGAGAGAGUACUCACCACGAAGACGUUCCAUGCGUUGUCGUUGGACCCGACUCCAUCGAUGGCACCCGUGAGCAAUGGCCGAAUACUGAGCCCGGGUUAUCAGGCCCGGGUUGUGCACAUUGACGCCAAACAGCUGAAUCAGUCCGAAGUGGGUGUCAUCUAUGCAAUUUAUGAGCAAUCUGUCGCAUCUGUCAGCCCGUUAUGGGUUGGAAAUUGGGAUCAUGUGCCAUUUGGAUUUUGA